UAACACAAUCAUUUGUAUAAAUAUCGUUGUCGAGACAUUAAAACUUCACUGAUGAAUACGUCUUCCAAUAAAGUAAUAGUAUUGAAGCUGUACGUGUUUAUUGAAUAAAUAUAUUGCUAAAAUAUUCUCGAUACAUACAUAGAAGAAGUCUCGUAACAUUUUGCGUCUCAUAAUUAGAAUAUUUAAAGAAUGAAGGCUUUCGUGCUUGCUACGUGUCUGUUAGUCACGAUGGUUUACGCAUUCGACCUUAACGAGGUAAAACAAUUUCUACAUCCAAGCUUACUUAUAUGUGCAAAAACAUUGCCGAAGUGUGGAAAUGAACCUAGGGAUAUAUUAAUAAGGCCUGAUGUGUGGUAUUGUACAUUGUCAAAGCGUGGCAUAAUUCAGAAAAAUGGUGCGAUAAUACUGCAAAAAGCUUUGAGAUAUUGCGAACUUGUUAUUUCUCCUGAUUACACAGAUUAUUGCAAGAAGACCGUUUCUGAAUGCAUAGAGAAAGGUUCAGUAAAUGAAAACUCAGGACCCAAUAAUGAGACAAUUAAAAGCCAAGCUGCAAUAGAAUGUGCAAUAAAGAAAGGUCUGCCAAAUUUUGUUGGGUAGCCAUAAUAA